UCAGCCCCGUCCUGGUGUCAGGCGGCUGCCAAUGCCUGGAACCUGUCCACCUCAACAUGCUUGGAGUCCCAUCAAGCGCCUCUGUCCCAUGGCCCACCAGUGGCCUUGUUCUGGGGAGACCCCACACACAGACAGGAAGAGACUAGGAUCCCCCCUUCCAUCAACCCGGACGUCCGGAAGCUUCUGGAGAUACUCAUUGCCAAGAAAAAAGAACUGAAGUUUUGGAGGGAGAAGGAAAAGAAAGAAAGGUCAAAAUACCAGCUGACCUCUUUCGGGAGAAUGUUCAAGUCCCCAGGUCAUGGGCAGGACACCAUGGGCUGCCCGUCCUUCUGGAGCAUGAGUGGCAAAGCAAAACAGCUGCUCGGUCCUGACAAGCCCCCACGUCCCAAGAUUCCAAGGGACAAUUUGGAGCAGAAAUGCCUCCAACUCUUCUGGGGUCUCCCCUUUCUGCACAGCGAGUCCCUGGUGGCCACUGUCAGGGUGACCGAUCCCCCACUGGAGUUCCCGUCUGUCAUAUUCAAUGAGCUCUCUCAUGCUUUGCCACUCCAGAUUCAGGGCAAUGUGGCUCCACGCCUCUCCCUGACCCACGACUUACAUGACCCUUUGGCCCGGCCCCAACCCUUGACCCUGAGAUUGGUCCAGCUAUCCCUGAACAUACAGCCUCACCAAGAGUUCCAGAAGGUGCCCCAGGCACACAGCUGGCACAGUCCCACAUCUGAGUCUGAGUCUACGGAUAGAAGCUGCCAGGCCACACAGAAGACUGGGUCCAGGUACCCAGGAGGGACCGUGCCAGGAAAAAGACUGGGCAAGGAUUCAAGGUCCAGUACAGGGAGGAUCUGGAAAGAUCUACACAGGGGCCCAACGGGCUCUCCAGAGAAGGCUCCAGGAAGAAAUCGUGAGGAGUCAGAAACAGACUUGAAGCCCUCCACAAGCAGCGCAGAGAAGCAGCACCCAGAGAAGGACCCGAGAGCCCAUUUCAGGAAGUUGGGGCAGUUCAGAGAGGGUCAGAUGCCUUUGGAUGUUCAACCUUCCAGGCUCGCAGCCCACCACGCCUCGGACCUUCCCGGAAAGCCAAGCCCUCAUGGGAACCCUGGAAAGCCAGUGCUUUCCAAGUGUUGGGAAUCCUCCCACGACUUUUCCAUCCUCAGUCCAUAUGCUCAGCAAAUGCUAGAAGCACAUAUCAUAAGGCUCAGGGUGAAGCACCGGUGGGGCCUCCCCCUCAAGGUUCUCAAGACUAUAAACCUCUUCAAGUUGAAGAAGGGCUUCCUCCUCUCCCAGUCCUUCCCACCCCGCUCAGCAACCUGCGUAUCCAAGGCUGGCUCGGGCACCAAGUUCUUAGGAAAUCCUCCUCAGCCCUAUCAAGGAGAGGUGAUGAAAGAGUCUUACCCCACCUGGGGGAGGGCCCUCGGUGCUCCCCAGCCUACGUGUGAGGAAAUCCAGCAGGCUCUGGAAGGGUCCUCACCUGGGGGUGGCCCUCUGGCUGGACAGGGGGCCAGUCCACCUUCUCGGACCUUCACAUACAGCUUUGUGGGCAGAAUCUGGCACAGGGAAACUCCCUCUAGGACUCUUAAGAACAGCAACUUGGAGUCAAGUCCAAGUCCAGCUAUGGCCACAAAGGAGCCAAGGAGGGUGAAUGGGGGUCGGGCCUCACGGGACGUGACCAUGCUAGAGCUCAACUUAGAGCCCCAGGAUUUGAGUGCCAAAGAGCCCGGGGAGGUGGGAGACGUCAAGGAGACCCCUGCCUGGGGAGUCACCUUAGAACCCCGUGUGCUGGCCAACAACCAAGGCCUCCGUGGCAAGGGGAGAAGAUCAGGGUCUUCAGGGAAAAGUGACAGCCCCCUGCAACAUACAAAGUUGGUCGCCAGAGACCCCAAAGAGCUAUGCCUUGAGGCACGGCACAGGAGUUCCGAGCCCCGGAAGUUGAUGGAGUCAGAGAACCAGCCUUGUGAUGCCACCCCCACCGUGCUCCUUCAAGACUGUGAAACUGGGGUCCUCCUUCAAGACUGUGCGACUGAGAGUCUCCUUCAAGACUGUCAGUCCAACAUGUCCAUCGCUGCCGACAUCUUGGCUUCUCAGGGAUCUCUGUCUGGCUUCCAGAGCGGGUCCAGUGAAGACACAUCUACUUCCCAGGUGUUGCAUGGCCAAAGAUCCCAUGGCCAGAGCCCCUACAGGCAGCCAGGACACCUGGGACUGCAGCACCAAUGUAAGAGCCCGAGCAGGUCACGUGUCACCCCCGAGGUGAGAGAGAGCUCCAGGAGGUCCCCCUCGAGAGAGCCUGCCAAAGAGCUGUCAGAACUGAAGCUCCUCCAGAUCAGUGAGGUGAAACGUCCAGUCCAGGGCAAGGAGUCAGGAGAGACCUCGGGAAGCAAGGCCUGUGAGAUCUUGCUGAAGAAGGAAGAGGCGCCUCCGGAAAGCUACUUCAGGAGAAGGAUGAUGCACUUGUUCCAGUGGUUCUUUCCCAGUAGAGGCAGAGGACUGGAAGAUUCCCUUCAAAAGGGCAAGUCUUCAUCAUCCCAGGGCCGGGGACAAGUCAUGGGCAGGUCAGCCAUGGACAGCGCUUCUGCCGAGGCUCAGGUGGUCGUGCAGGCUGUGGAGCGGAUCCUAGAAGAGAAAAUGUUGCCUUACCAGGGACUCAGGGUCCCAGAGGUCGGCUGGUGCAAAAAGGAUCUCCAGGCUUCGGCAGACCCCAAUGUCUCCUACCACAGGGUUCUCUCUUACCAAGAGCAGAGGAGAGUGAUGAGGGAGACAGCCAGUCCACAGGGCACCCCCAGGGGCCACAACUAUGCCAACAAGACCGAGUGGAUUGGGUGGCCCUUCCCCACCAGGGUGCCAGAGUGCCCAAGCAGACCCUGCCAGAACAGGUCACUGGUGCCGGGCCCUUCAGGCCGCAUCCUGCAGGCCCACUGCCCCAGGCACUGCCUCCUUCAAAGAGACAUUUCACCUGGCCAGCCACUGUGUGCUUCUCAUGCCUUUCCUGGCAGGACAACUUUCCUCCAAGAAAAAACGCAAACGGUGCAGAGAAAAUCUUCUUUUUCUCACAUUAGCACAUCUUCUAUGGGCUAA